CACUGGGAGCAUUUUCACGCUCAGGACUUUCAACCUGAGCAAGUUGCGAUUCACAUCCACCCCAGACAUGUCGUCAGACGAGUUCGAGACCAUCACUGAGCUCGACCUGAGCCACAAUGCCAUCCGAGUCCUGCAAGCCUGUCUGCUUCCUGUGAAUCUGCAAGUGCUCGACCUCUCACACAACCAAAUCACCAAGAUUCCAAGCAACCUGUCCACCAGUCUACCCCAUCUGGUCGAGUUGAAUCUCUUUGCCAACAGUAUCACCCACAUUCCUGCGAGUCUGGGUGAAUGCAAGGAACUCAAGCGCCUCGAUCUUGGAGGAAAUCAUGUCGUUGAUUUUUCGCACCUGGCAGGCAUGAGGGAGCUCGCAUAUCUGCGAGUCACCCUGAUUCCUGGGUACGCUGGGUUCGAAUCGCACAUCACCCAGCGCCUGGGGCACGAAGGAAUGGAGUUGAGUUUGUUUGUGUGCACAAAAACAGCAUUCAGCACAAGCUGCUCUUGUCGAAUAUAGCAUUACCGUCUGAAUCCAGCGUUGACGGUGCGAUUGUGUAUGUCAGUGGGACGGUGGGGAAUGGUUUGGUGGGAUCAUUGAGGACGAUGGGUGCCUUGGAAGGAUCAAAAACACUGCCGCUGGCAC